AUGUCAAUAAACAGUGUACUCGGGGCUGGGAAAGCCUUCUUGUAUAACCACUCCAUCUCUCCCAGCACGAAGCCUGUAUUGGACUACUUCAUCCAGUGUGGGCAGCUGGAGCUCAUCCAGGCUACAGUGCCAGAAGCUGUGCUUGAUGGACUACACUAUUACGGCCAGGUCGUUGUGGUGCAUGAUUGUCUUUACCGAAACAGCUACACGUCAAAAUACAUCUUGUUUCAAGAUAUGGAUGAAGUCCUGGUCCCGAAUAAGGAUUCUGACUGGCUUACACUCAUUGAACGCCUGAAAGACAGAUAUCCGAAGGGUGGAUCCUUUACUUUGAUGAAUGCCUUCUUCACUAAGACAGAUCAAAAUGGUUUAUCUAAAUCAAUGAAGGACAGUGAUAUCAAACUAUUUUCUUAUUACAGCCGACAUAAAAUACUUGACUAUUUAGACAGGUCUAAGUACUUUCUGAUUCCGAGAACAGUGGACAUCUUACAAAUCCAUGGAGCCCUCCACAUCUCAGACUUCCACGAUGUGGCGGUUGAUGUUGCUGAUGGUCUUCUUCAUCAUUACCACUCUGACAUCAAGGAGAAACCGAUGACAGUAGAUAGGUCCACGGAGAGGUUUCAUCUCACCUUACUACAUUAA